AAGGAAUAGCAGUAAAACACCGCUAGGGCACCAUUUGGACAUAUAAGACUGUGGUCUGCGCAUGCGCAACCCCUUUUCUGCUCCGGUAUCACAACAGAGCGACAAGAUGUUGAUGCCCAAGAAGAACCGCAUUGCCAUUUACGAGCUCCUCUUCAAGGAGGGAGUUAUGGUGGCCAAAAAGGAUGUUCAUCUUGCCAAGCAUCCCGAGCUGGCUGACAAAAACGUGCCCAACCUGCACGUAAUGAAGGCCAUGCAGUCCCUCAAGUCCUGUGGGUAUGUGAAGGAGCAGUUUGCCUGGCGGCACUUCUACUGGUACCUGACCAAUGAGGGCAUCCAGUAUCUGAGGGACUUCCUGCACCUGCCCCCAGAGAUUGUGCCCGCCACCCUCCGCAGGCAGACUCGUCCAGAGACUGCUCGUCCCAGACCCAAAGGAGGUUUGGAGGGUGAGAGGCCUGCUCGUCUGGCACGCGGUGAAGCAGACAGAGACACCUACAGACGUUCUGCAGCACCCCCUGGUGCUGACAAGAAGGCUGAGGCCGGUGCUGGUGCAGCCACAGAAUUCCAGUUUAGAGGUGGAUUUGGCCGUGGAAGAGGACAGCAGCCUCAAUAAACCGCUAUGUUUAUGUAAAAUAAAAUCUGUUGGAACUUUGA